CGCUCUUAUGUUAUAUUUCGGAUCUCAUAAGCAAAACCCAAGAAAACUCUCUCUCUUUCUAUCUCUUUAUAAUUCCGCGCCAUCGCUCGUACGAGCGUUAGCGAAGCAGAUCGUGAUCUGUUUAAUUAUCCAUAUCAUUGCCUCUUGCAAUUUCGAGGAACAGCUACGUUUUAGACGUUGUUUCUGGUAGAAGGUCACGAUGGCUGCUUCUGAAGAGAAUAGUGCAUUGUUCCCAAUUUUCAUUUUGACAAUAAUGGCCCUGCCUUUAGUGCCUUAUACAAUUCUAAAGUUGUGCCAUGCUGCCUCGAAGAAAAUAAAGAGCAUUCACUGCCAGUGCUCUGAGUGUGCUAAUUCAGGGAAGUAUCGGAAAUCUAUAUUUAAGCGGAUCUCAAACUUCUCGACCUGUAGUAACUUGACAGUAGUCCUGCUAUGGGUUGUCAUGAUAGUACUCAUUUAUUACAUUAAAAGUAUGAGUAGUGAGAUUCAAGUGUUUGAGCCAUUCAGUAUACUUGGAUUAGAACAUGGAGCUUCAGAUUCAGAUAUAAAGAAGGCCUAUAGGAGACUCUCCAUACAAUACCAUCCUGAUAAAAACCCAGAUCCAGAGGCCAAUACAUAUUUUGUGGAGUACAUAUCUAAGGCUUAUCAAGCUUUGACAGAUCCAAUAUCACGUGAGAAUUUUGAAAAAUAUGGUCAUCCAGAUGGCAGACAGGGAUUUCAAAUGGGCAUAGCUCUCCCGCAGUUCCUGCUAGACAUUGAUGGGGCAUAUGGUGGCAUACUUUUACUUUGGAUUGUUGGAGUUUGUAUUCUCCUGCCAUUGGUGAUAGCUGUUAUUUAUCUUUCAAGGUCAUCAAAAUAUACGGGAAACUAUGUAAUGCAUCAAACACUGUCAACAUACUAUUACUUCAUGAAGCCUUCUUUGGCCCCAAGCAAGGUUAUGGAAGUUUUCAUCAAGGCUGCUGAAUAUACGGAAAUUCCAGUCCGUAGGACUGAUGAUGAACCUCUCCAGAAGCUUUUUAUGUCAGUCAGGAGUGAAUUGAAUCUGGAUCUUAAAAACAUUAAGCAAGAGCAAGCAAAGUUCUGGAAGCAGUAUCCUGCCCUAGUUAAAACAGAACUGUUGAUUCAGGCUCAAUUGACUCGUCAAACAGAUGCAUUGUCUCCUGCUCUGAAAGGUGAUCUCAGGCGUGUCCUAGAACUUGCACCUCGCCUACUUGAAGAAUUGAUGAAGAUGGCACUUAUUCCACGCAAUGCUCAGGGGCAUGGAUGGCUUAGGCCUGCAAUUGGGGUUGUUGAGCUUUCUCAAUGUAUCAUUCAGGCUGUUCCUCUUAGUUCAAGGAAGGCUACUGGAGGAUCCACUGAAGGUAAUGCACCCUUCUUGCAGCUGCCAUAUUUUAGUGAGGCUGUUGUCAAAAAGAUAGCUCGCAAGAAGGUGAGAACAUUUCAGGAGCUCCGGGACAUGACCCUGCAAGAUCGUGCUGAGUUGCUCACUCAAGUAGGUGGAUUUUCCUCUGCAGAAGUUCAGGAUGUUGAGAUGGUAUUGGAAAUGAUGCCUUCUGUAGCAGUUGAAGUUACUUGUGAGACUGAGGGUGAAGAGGGUAUACAGGAAGGUGAUAUUGUCACAGUUCAAGCUUGGGUAACUCUCAAACGUGCUAAUGGCCUGACCCGUGCCCUGCCCCAUGCCCCAUACUAUCCAUUCCACAAGGAAGAAAAUUUCUGGAUUUUGCUUGCAGAUUCUGUCUCAAACAAUGUUUGGUUUUACCAAAAGGUUAGUUUCAUGGAUGAAGCUGCAGCCAUUACGGCAGCUUCAAAGGCAAUUGAGGAGACUAGGGAGGGUUCAGGAGCUACUGUAAAGGAGACAAGUGGUGCUGUUAGGGAAGCAGUUGAGAGGGUGUGCAGUGGCUCCAGACUGGUGAUGGGAAAGAUCCAGGCCCCAGCAGAGGGUAAUUACAACUUAACUUGCUACUGCCUGUGCGACUCAUGGAUAGGUUGUGACAGAAGGACAAACGUGAAGGUUAAAGUUCUGAAGCGAACUCGGGCUGGCACUCGUGGUCUUGUGUCUGAUGAGGGACCCAUUGUGGAGGAUGGAGCUGAUGAGGAAGAGGAGGAUGAAGAAGAAGAGUACGAUGAUUAUGAGAGUGAAUACAGUGAAGAUGAGGAAGAUGAGAAGGAUACAAAAAAGAAGGGUGCUGCUGCUAAUGGUACUGUGGGUAAACAGGGAGCAAAACAGGAAGGUUCAGGCACAGAUGAUGAGUGAAACGAAUAAUUUGGUUGAUCAAUUUAAACAAUAAGUCUUUUUUGUAUUUUCGUAUAUUUAAUUUUUUUUUUUUUUUUUUUUUUUUUAAAAUUGGUGAAAGAACUCAACAGCCAUCACCUGGGUUUUAGAACCCAUUUGAGCACUUUCAGUUAAAAUUUUCACAUGACUAGCAUGAUAUACUUCUAACGAACAAUUUUUUACCCCCAAUUUUUAUUUUAUCUAGUUAAGCAUGCUUCGAAUUUUAGUA